GGUUGAACCAGUGCUUUUGAAAAUUGAAAAUGAAUGAAUUGAGGUUAAAUGGCAAGUUAGAAGCUUUUAGAGGAGAAAUUUGAGUUUGAAACGAGCUUGAUUUGGAUAAAUUUGAGAUGAAUCAGCCUUUCACGUUAAAGAAUCUCUUUUGGGAGACAAAGCCUCGCCAUUUUUAUUAAAACUUGGAGAGCAUUUGAAACUCGGUGGUGUUUAGUAAUUUAGUAUAAAUAUCAAAUAAAUGCAAAG